AUGGAGGGGCCACCUCUUACGCCGCUGGCCCCCAUCACCAGCGUCGCUAACCUCGGGGGCUGGUCCAACCUCUCGAGCUGGGCUACCAAUAUGACUCGCUAUGCGCCGUCGUUUGAUGACCUGGUCUGGGCAGGCCCCCGGAUCCUCGAAAAGCUCGGCUCCUACCUUAACUUGGCCGACCAGCCUAAUCCUGCGCCCAAUACCGACGCUGGCCUGCUCGGGACCACAUCUGCCGCAUACAACCUCAUGGACAGCAACACGUCCCCUGCAGCGGCUGCGGCGGUACGGGAGUCGACGGCGUUCAUAUCUCUGGAAAACGCACGCAACUUGGGCAGCGUCUUCUCCUACGCUACCAGCCGAUGGGCCAUGUCGUGCAUCGCCAUGGCCCUGAUACUCAACCGAACACAUAUUUUCGCUGCCACUCGUCGCAGACUACGUCUUCAGUGGAAAUCAAGACUGCUGCUUCGCUUUCUCCCCAUCGUGUUCCUCGUUAUACAAGUGCGCCGCCUUCUCAUGUCGAUGCAGUGCCAGACCUCGGCCGACUUUGCCGAGCUCCGAUGGGGAGAUCCGACCAAGCACUCGCGCUUCUUGCAUGCACAUCCGAACAACUUUUUGAAUAGCCUGAGCCGCGCUCUUCUCUUCGGAGCGACGGACGAACAGUCCUGUGCAGCUAUUCAUAUGAUCCCGGUCGGAGACCAAGUUCAGACAUCGAACUUGGUAGGGUCAUUGUCUACUAUGUGGCCGCUCUUUGGUACAUUUUGCUUGAGUCACUUCAUCGAGACUGUUUCAUGUGCAGUCCAGGGCAGGACUCUCUCAGCAGAAACCGGCAUGACGCUGUUUGAGCAAUCCCUCGCCUUCGCCGAGGCGGAUGCCACGAUUAACAAUCAGCUUGCACAGCUUAGUUGGGACACCAAACCACAGACUCAAACGACAGCUUCUUCAUCCGCUUCAAAUGCGGUGGUUAACAUAUUGACCAAGUCGAUGCUGAUAAAGCGAGUCAAUACAUCGCCUGAGGUGCUUCUCGUCGCGUUCUUAUCGUCAAUGACACACCUCACAAGCCAUAUUCUCGGGUUGUUCGAUUUGCAAGCCAAAUAUCGACUCGUGAACACCGGUUUCUGGGGUCUUUGGUUUAUGGGAAGCAUUGUUUGGAGCGCUUUUUCUUUCGAUCUUGAUGACCCCUCAUCUCAAGGCCUCCUGCGAUUCCCCACCGUCUGCAUUAUUGGUUUCGUGCCUCACGUCUUGGUUUUAGGUGGCAUCGUGCUUUGCUGCGUCAUAUACGGCCUUGCCUUACUGCUUUCCGCACUUUCCCCACCGCCUAAUCAGGAGCGUUCUUCCAUGUCCUUCUCACAGAGGCUCCUCUAUGCCCACGAAAAUAUGCAGGCAAAUGUGUCCUUUGCAGAAGUGAGAAUUACGCGAGACAUGGAUUUCUACACAGCUCUUCUGCGUACUGGGUUUGCCGCCAUAACAAUGGCGAGCGAAGCUGUCUACUUGAAUGAGGAUAACGGUGUGAAUUUAAAGCGCCACACAUGGCUUGAAGAAGCUCGCUACAGAGAAGCCGAGGAGAUGCAAAAGCAGUGGGUUGGACUUGGCCAUGCUAGUUCGCAGUACGACCGCAUUGGAGCUAUUGGUCUGAUACCUGUCAAGGACGGCCCGGUCAUGGCCCCGAAUGGCUAUGCUCGCGAAAGGGCUGCGCAAAAAGUGCCCAAGGGACGCGCGGAGCGAACUUUCCGAGCCGGCGUUGGUGCAACAGAUAGAAGCUCCAGAUGGGUGAUGGCAUUCGACUUUUUCCUUAGUAUCAUCAAGCUCGUUGGUCGUGUCAAUGCCCUCAUGUUGCUAUGGCUCCUGAAGCUGGUCCGCAUCAAGAGACAGCCUGGCUGGCUACAGUGGCUCGCAGAGAGGCCAAAAUCCGCCAAAGAAGCACCAAAGCCAGCCCAACCAAGCCAGCGCGCAAGCCGAACCAUUUUCAUCAGCCGCAAUGACCGCGUUUCAAGAAGCGAAGGAAUCGACGUCGAAGCUGAAUUUAGACGCAUCGGGCACAAUGGAAAUGAAGAGAACCUAGACACUGAUUUGUACAACUACUUUGUGGAGGGUGGAUGGUGGGGAUCCGGAGACUCCAGCGGUGACUACGCUCCUAGCCAUGCCAACGAUGAGGACUGGGACGCCACCAGCGUGAUUUCCCAGUCCACGUCGGCUGACGAGACUGAUGACGAAAUCGAGAGAAACCCGUGGGAGCCCGAGGACGAUGAAGACGGCGAGGACGGCGAGGGCCAGAGGACGCCCACUCAGCGCUCAUCUCGCACCACUCGCGAAAACACACCUGUGGCCGACAGCCCCAUGGGCAUGUCGGAUCUGGCUCGCCUUCUUCGUCCCGCUAACCGCGAGGAGCGCGAGGAAGCCACCACGCUGGCAGCGCACCUCGUCAGCGACGGCGUCAUGACGCGCGGCCGAUUCCGUCGCCUCGAGCAGCUCCGAAGAGCUAGCAUCUUGACGAGUCCACGCCGGGCGGGCGCUACGCCCACCGCCUCGCACAUUGCCACGCCCGUGCCGCCUAUCCGCGCGCCGGCGUCCACUCUGGCCAGCCGCGACAUCCAUACCAAGCUCGAUCCCGACGAGGAGGAAACGCUGCUCGAGCAGCUCUUGCUGUCGCGCCGUGAGGAAGCUGCCAAGCCGCCGCCACAGACGCCGACCCGGAGCACCGGCGCCGCUUCGGACGUGGUUGCGGCUGGCAGCGGCAGCGCGCUCGUCGCCGACGAUCAGGGCCCGCAGUGUGUUGUCUGCCAGAGCGCGGCACGCACCAUCAUUGUGUGGCCAUGCCGCUGCCUGAGCCUCUGCGACGACUGCCGCGUGUCACUGGCCAUGAACAACUUUGACAAGUGCGUCUGCUGCAGGCGCGAUGUGCUGAGCUUUAGCAGAAUAUACGUUCCUUAG